AUGUCCCUACAAUCGACCUUCUCGAAUAUCAUCCACCUGCGCGACUUUGUCGACAACGUCACAGACGAUCCGAGUCGGGAAAAUGCACCCAAUUAUGUGGAAAUACAGACCGAGAUCAACAUCUUCGAGGAGGGUGGCUUCUAUAGUUCUGAAGUCAACGUCGAACCUAUUCGUACCCGCAUUCGUGCUUAUCUCACACGAGAAGAGCGGGAGCCCUAUGUGCCAAACGCCUUCUUCUACGCCGACGGCCGCUUCUGUGCUACCUCGGCCGCCGACGGCACCCUGGAGAUCAAUGUCCAGACCCUCAGCUUGAUGAGGCACGUCCCACACCCGGGAGACGUGUCUGACUUUGACGAGUAUCGACGCCACUUGCCAGAACAGUGGUGUCCGAUGGUGACCAUCAUCGGCUUCGUCCCAUCUCGUAACGGCGAUACUCCUGACGUUUCAGGGCCCCGCUGCUUCGCCGUCGAAACAUCCGUCUAUGACACGUCAAAGGCUCGUCGGGCUGCGUUCUCGGUGGCCUGUUUCCUGGAAAACACCAAGCGCUGGCAAAGAGUCAAGAUCCCUCCGCCGGGAGCUUUUCUCAGUGUCACCGCCAAAGUCGCUGGCCGCACCACCGACACCAACCAGCUGGCCCUCCGUAUCCUCGACUUGGCCUACCUCCCGAAACCGGCCCCUGUCCCCACGGCCACGCCGACGCCGUCCUCUACUCCGACUUCAAAGCGUUCUGCCCGCUGGGAGGGUCGGGCCACUCCAUCCACCCCUUCUAAAAGGCGACGAGGCUCAGAGGGCGCCAGCGUUGCAGGUCCUUCGUACAAGAAUCAGCUUCCACAAUCCACAGAAGACCAUUCUCAUUUAUCGAUUGCAGAAGAUGGCGCAAAUCCCUCGGCCAAUGCCCCGUCUCCGUCGACCAUGGCUGACGCCGACGAGUCCUGCAUCACUUUACAUCCUUCUCCGGGUCCAGACGGUGGGGCCAGGCCGCAUCGCAAUCGCCAUCCCCCGAAGAAAUAUUCUCACGAAGACUAG